GGCAGACGAUGCUGAAGAUGCUCUCCUUUAAGCUGCUGCUUCUGGCCGUGGCUCUGGGCUUCUUUGAAGGAGAUGCUAAGUUUGGGGAAAGAAGUGAAGGGAGCGGAGCGAGGAGGAGAAGGUGCCUAAAUGGGAACCCCCCGAAGCGCCUGAAAAGGAGAGAUAGGCGGAUGAUGUCCCAGCUGGAGCUGCUGAGUGGGGGAGAGAUGCUGUGCGGUGGCUUCUACCCUCGGCUGUCCUGCUGCCUGCGGAGUGACAGCCCAGGGUUGGGGCGCCUGGAUAACAAGAUAUUUUCUGUUACCAACAACACAGAAUGUGGGAAGUUACUGGAGGAAAUCAAAUGCGCACUUUGCUCUCCACAUUCCCAGAGCCUGUUCCACUCACCUGAAAGAGAAGCCUUGGAAAGAGACCUGGCACUUCCCCUGCUCUGCAAAGACUAUUGCAAAGAAUUCUUUUAUACUUGCCGAGGCCAUAUUCCAGGUUUCCUUCAAACUACUGCUGAAGAGUUUUGUUUUUACUAUGCAAGAAAAGAUGGUGGGUUGUGCUUUCCAGAUUUUCCAAGAAAACAAAUCAGAGGACCAGCAUCUAACUACUUGGACCAGAUGGAAGACUAUGACAAAGUGGAAGAGAUCAGCAGAAAGCACAAACACAACUGCUUCUGUAUUCAGGAGGUUGUGAGUGGGCUGCGCCAGCCUGUCGGCGCCCUGCAUAGUGGGGAUGGCUCGCACCGUCUCUUCAUUCUGGAAAAAGAAGGUUACGUGAAGAUACUUACCCCCGAAGGAGAAAUUUUCAAGGAGCCUUAUUUGGACAUUCACAAACUUGUUCAAAGUGGAAUAAAGGGAGGAGAUGAAAGAGGUCUGCUAAGCCUUGCAUUCCAUCCCAAUUACAAGAAAAAUGGAAAGCUGUAUGUGUCUUAUACCACCAACCAAGAACGAUGGGCUAUCGGGCCUCAUGACCACAUUCUUCGAGUUGUGGAAUACACAGUAUCCAGAAAAAAUCCCCAUCAAGUUGAUUUGAGAACAGCCAGAGUAUUUCUUGAAGUCGCAGAACUCCACAGAAAGCAUCUAGGAGGGCAGCUGCUCUUUGGCCCCGACGGCUUUUUAUACGUCAUUCUCGGUGAUGGGAUGAUCACACUGGAUGAUAUGGAAGAAAUGGAUGGUUUAAGUGAUUUCACAGGGUCGGUGCUCCGGCUGGACGUAGACACGGAUAUGUGCAACGUGCCUUAUUCCAUACCGAGGAGCAACCCGCACUUCAACAGCACCAACCAACCCCCAGAAGUGUUUGCACAUGGCCUGCACGAUCCAGGCAGAUGUGCUGUGGAUCGCCAUCCCACUGAUAUAAACAUCAAUUUAACAAUACUUUGUUCAGACUCCAAUGGAAAGAACAGAUCAUCUGCCAGAAUCCUACAGAUAAUAAAGGGGAAAGAUUAUGAAAGUGAGCCAUCACUUUUGGAAUUCAAGCCAUUCAGUAAUGGUCCCUUGGUUGGUGGAUUUGUUUACCGGGGCUGCCAGUCAGAAAGACUGUAUGGAAGCUAUGUGUUUGGAGACCGUAAUGGGAAUUUCUUAACCCUCCAGCAAAGUCCCGUGAGCAAGCAAUGGCAAGAAAAACCACUCUGUCUGGGCAACAGUGGUUCCUGUAGAGGUUACUUUUCAGGUCACAUAUUGGGAUUUGGAGAAGAUGAAUUAGGUGAAGUUUAUAUCCUAUCAAGUAGUAAAAGUAUGACCCAGACUCACAAUGGAAAACUCUACAAAAUCGUAGAUCCCAAAAGACCUCUAAUGCCUGAGGAAUGCAAAGCCACGGUACAACCUGCGCAGACACUGACUUCAGAGUGUUCCCGGCUCUGUCGGAACGGCUACUGUACCCCAACGGGCAAGUGCUGCUGCACCCCAGGAUGGGAAGGGGACUUCUGCAGAAUUGCAAAAUGCGAGCCAGCAUGUCGUCAUGGAGGUGUCUGUGUUAGACCAAACAAGUGCCUCUGUAAAAAAGGAUAUCUUGGUCCUCAGUGUGAACAAGUGGACAGAAACAUCCGCCGAGUGACCAGGGCAGGUAUUCUUGAUCAGAUCAUUGACAUGACAUCUUAUUUGCUGGAUCUAACAAGUUACAUUGUAUAGUUUCUGGGACUGUUUGAAUAUUCCUUUCCAAUGGGCAUUUAUUUUUUAUCCUGUCAUUAAAAAGAAAGACUGUUAUCCCGCUACACACUUCCUGUGAUUUCAUUUUCUUUUAUUAAUUUAAAAAUAAUUUUCCAGAAAUGAGCAGAUCCUGUGUGUGUAUGUUGGCACGUUUGUUCACCUAGGCACAUACACACACACACUCACGACCCCUAUACGCGUGGUUGCAUAACAGAUGGGUUUUAAAAAUAUAUACUUCCUUGUGUGGAGUAAUUUACACAGAAAUUCCAUUGUAAAUUGAUAACGGAAUUUUUAUGUAACCAGAGGAGAUUAUUUGACUUCCCAGGAAUUUUCUGUCUGUAAUAACUAAAAUCAACUUAAUGGAGUUUUGAAACAUGACUGUGCAAUCUGAUGGAUCUAAUUAAAAAAGGCAAUAUUUUUAUAUUAAAGGAUUAUAAUGUGAGAGAAUGUUUCAGAACUCCCUGAUGAAUUUCCAAACGGGAGACUUGAUAUAAAAUUGUAAUCUUCAUUUGUAUUCGUAUAUCCAGUUAUAGAAUGUUACUCACUUACCUUCUCAUUGGCCAAGAAAUCUGGUUACUCUAGUUUAAUCUCAAGAUUGUUUUCAAGUGUUUUAUAAUUAAAUCAUAACAGCAUAUUCUAAAAUCAAUCUUCCUAAAAGGUCUGCUUUUAUUAUAUAUUGUAUCUAACAAUAGGCACUGGGUUUGUGUUACCUAUUUAUAUUUUUUAUUUUAUUUUAUAAUAUAGACAUCACCUAGAUGAAACACCUUUGCCCUGUCCUGUAAAAUACUAAAGUUACAUUUUUCACCAACUUAAUUGGAAAGAAGGGGAGUGAGCAAACAGUCUUUAAUGUGCUGUGGAUCUAAUCUAGCCAUGUAUCCUUGUGCCAACAUGUAAUCCUUAACGACGGAUGAAAAAGCAAGAAAACAGCCAAUCCUUAUAAAAUUCCAGCAUUAAACUUAUGUAAAGCGCUUUUCACCAUAGCAAGACUGUCAGUGUAUAUGUGAUUAGAAUGUUGCACAUUUCCCACUGAACAAAACUCACUGGGGAAGAGCUCACUUGUUCUUAACAAAUCUUGGCUAUGUAAGCUGUCACUUGUACAAAUUUUUUGAAUAAUAAUUCUCUCCAAAUAUGAGUUUUAAUGCAUAUUUUCCUUUAGUACUCGAUGAAAAUCCUCUUUGGUUAAUGUAUGAAUAAUUUUUUGUAAAUGUUCUUGUUCAGGUUUUUAAAGAGAGGCCAUGUUCUAAAUUCAAAGCAGCAAAAGUAUGAUAGACAUUUUUCCUACUGGUUUUCGUGGCCAGCGCUCCACGUUCAGAUCAUAACAAAAUUAUAUGGCCUCUUUGCACUACUGAGAAAACAUCUCUAGUGAUGUGCACACCGGCUCUAAGUUGUCCUGUAAACAUCCGUUCUUCCAGAAUCUAAAUUGUACGCUAGCGUAGAUUAUGCAGCACAGGCUGACUUUCCAAAUCUGCUCCUUACCUAUAGGAAUGUGAGCCUCAAUUAAAAAGAAUAAAAUCGUGUAACUAGUGUUUCUCUAUUGUUUUAAGGUGAGAGAUUUGCAAUUAAAGCACACUGAGCAUUUAUGUAGAAAGGUUGUUUAAGUACACUGCUCUUGUCUUCCAUAUAUGAUUACUUAAGUUUCAAGUGACCUCAUGCCGAAUGGAAAUGGGUUGAGAAAUCUUGGUUCAGUGCUUAGUGAACAAUAGCCUGCAUUAAAAAGUGCAUGCAUAAUUUUGCACAAUUUAGAUUCAAUUGACAGUCUAUUCAAAGAAGUCUCAGGAUUAAAUGAGCAUGGAGACCAAAUUGCCCUCUUACCCCAGAAAAGGGGUGGUCCCUUCUAGUCACACUAACACUUCAUUGGCCCAAGAGUGUGACAAAUCUUGCCCUGAACCUGCAGUAGCCUGCAUCUGGAGGUUAAUAGCAGUCUUUUGUCUCCCUUGCUUUCUCUUCAUAGCCCUUUUACUGAAUUCCAUCACAGAAAGUUUUACAAUUAAAAAAAAAAAAAAAUGUCCUGACAACCAUUUUUGUAAAUGGACCUUACCAUCUAAUCGUCCCUUAUUCAGUGUGGGUGACAUUAACAAAAUGUGAACUUCUGGUAAGGGAGCCAGCUGUCUAAAUCUGUCAAAUCGUGCGGCUUUAUUACACAUUCUCCUGUUCAUAGUUGCACCGAAAACAAUAAGGACACUGCUAUAGAUUGAGCAAAAUCUGAAAAAUCCGAGGUUUCUUCUUACACACUUAAUCUUUCCAGCUCUUCAGAAGAAUCUCUCCAAAAGAAAAGGUGUUAUAUUGUCAUUAAUCCUCCUGUUUUAAAAAUAUCUAUAUAAAACUGACCAGGCGCAGACUUUUUACACAGUCCUUUCCCAAGUGAAAGAGUUUCCGAUGUCUUAGAAAAACAUAUGUACCCCAGGUGUCACUGCCUUUUCUAUUGUGAGUCAUUAGAAUAAAAGACCAAAAUCUUCUAAAAGAGGAGAUAGCGAGAACCAUGGAUAUUAAAUCUGAGCAAAGAAGUGAAGUCAUCGGAGUCAUUUCUUUCUCUUCUUGGCAGAGACGUAAAGAGCAGUGGUUAAUUGACAGCUACAAAUCUGAAACUCUGUGAUCAUUUCAAAAACAAUUUUUUGGCUUUUUUUUUUUCCAAUAAGACUUUAAAACUAUGUGACUGGAGAAUUAUCUUAAAUGCUUUAUGAUAGGCAGGUAGGAAUUGGUUUCAAGCAUGAGUUAGGGAAAAGUGAUUGUUUUAUCUUGUGAAUGGCAACAUCUACUUGGUUCUUAAAGCACACAAUCAGAACGGAGAAAAAUGUCCUUGGCAUGAAUGUAGAUUCAUGUGAGAUGUGAGAUAAAAAUAAAAUAAAGAGAUAGAAAAAUGUAUAUGAUUAUCCCUUUGUCCAUUCUGGAGCUUAAGCUUUGGGUGUUAAUUUAAUGUGAAGUGCUAUUAGGGUAGUUAUAAAGGUUUGGAGAAAAACUCUCUACCACUGCUCUUGUCAGACUCUUGUGCUGGUUCAUAGAACCUUUUUUUCUUGCCAGUUAGUUAAGGUAAUGAGAAGAAAACAAAAUUGGCACAUUAUUAAAUUGAAAAGAAGGGAAGAGUUAAAAAAACAAACAAACAAAACCUUGUGUGUUGAUAAAAAGUUUCAUCCAUACAUUUUCUUCUUAGAAUUGUGGCUAUUGUAAAAUAUUUUAUCACAAAGAUACUCAGAAGUCUUCUCAGACAAUGGACUACUUCAUAAGGAACAGAGAAACCUACACAUUCCAAAAAUAUAACCUAAAUAGAAAACCAUUCUCUUUUUCAUUUCUAUACUUCAGAGAAGAAAUCUCUAUUGAUUUCCUUGAAAAUGAUUACAUACUGAUGUAUUAACAACUUUAAUAUGUUUCUUUUGAUAUUGCUUUUAUCUCUCCAUCAUAAACUGUAUAACAAGCUUACCAAGUGAAAGACACAAGGUUAGAUGCUCUAUCUAGGGUGUUUUAAAGUAUCAUUAACUCAAACUUAAUUAUUACUCUAACAUUCUUAACUUUGAAACAGAAAAGAGAAAUCAAACCCAAAUUUUUAAGUGGAAAAUAAGGUAUACCACAGGCAGAUGUAGUUGGCUGAUCGAUAAAUUACAGUUCUGACAUCUCUAUGGAGUGUACCUAUAGUAUUUUUCUCUACCCCCACCCUUGCCUCACUCUUUCUCUCUCUUCUCCCACCCACUAUGUGUUCUUCUUUUGUUAACCUCUUCUUCCCUCCCAUUUCUAUUGGAUUUGACUGAACAUAUAUGUCCUCAGUGCACCCAUAACGAAGAUGUGCUGUGGCAGGUUGCUAUUGAUUUUCCUGCUUAUGACCUUUUCUUUAUUUUCCUAAAAAAAAUACCCUAUCCCACUGUCACAUUUGCUCAUAUGCUAUAUCAUGAACAGUAGACAAAUAGGAAUAUAAUAGAUUGAUCUAUUACAGUUACGGAGAGAAAUAACCAAACGCCCAAAUGACUACCAGCCUGGAUGCUCCAGUUCACCUUGUUUCCAUCAUUCACAAACGGGAAAACACAAAUAUCCCAGGCAAGAGCUUGAGCUAACAGUAGGAAAAGCUAGUAGCUAUUUCCUAUUCAGGCAUGACCAUCUCUACAGAGUCUGUUUCGCAAAGGAUUAUUCCAGAUCUCUUCUUUGCCCACCUCUGGGAUGAGACUUGAACUGGCAGAGAAAUCAGACCAAAGUCUCAUGCCCCAAAAAUGUACAUAUUUCUGUAUCACCCGUUGAAGUUAGUGUGCCCCUUAUUAUGAAUGCUGGCAAUACUUUCAGGAAGUUCCUCUUUAGAAUAUACUGAAGAAAUGUUUACUAUCUUACAUUCUUUCUCUUCAUCACGCUAACCCAAAUUAGUCACGCCUCCAGUAAUUAAUGAAGUCAAAGAAGGUAGAAACUUAAGAACAGAAGAAUUUCCAUAUUAAAAACACUAAAAACAUGACCACAAGAUCUGCCAAACACUAAUCCUAGCCAACUUCAAGCUUCUUUCUCUUAAAUACCUUCUCAUGAGUUUUGGAAAUUGCUUUAAAAUAGCUGUAAAGGAGAGUAAGCUGUAUUCAAGAGAGCAUGAGGGUUGUCAUGUUGUAUUGUUCUCAAUCAUAGCAGUAGUUUCCAUAGCUGUCAUUAAGAGAUGUGUUCCUUUAUCAAAUCAGCACUUUCUUAAAAUCUUAAAAUCUCCAGUUACAUAUGAGCCCAAGGGACACCCAUCACUUACCUUGCUUUCUUUUGUGAAGGUCAUAUAUAAGCAGGUUGCAAAGAUAAAUAAAUAAUGGAUUGAUCACAUUAACAUAAAGCCUUAGGCCUAAAAUUUGUUACUGCUUUUUUAUUUCCUUACAAGACUACACACUAACUUCCAAAAAAGAAAAAAAAGAUAUCAAUUCGAUGUGAAUUCUAAAGUUACAUGCCAUUAUAUAUCACAAAGUCAGACAUCAAGUUUCAAGUUUUUUUGCAUGUGUCGAUUAUAUAUUACUUAAAAAUCAAAAUACAUGUAUACAUAUACAUGCAAAUUAACAAAUGCUUGGGGAGUUACCUCAAUUGACUAUAAUAUUUUAAGUUAAAAAGCACAUUUUAGCACAUAGGAUUGAAGAAGCAGAACAUUAACAGUGAUGGGAAAUUCAUAAGGGAUAAAUUUAAAAUAAGCUUUUCUUCACGGUUAGAGGCUAAUUGCUAUACAUUUCCUUUUACACUAAAAAACAACUAGCCAAUAGUUUCCAUUCACACAAAUGAUGUGUUGCCAGGUUUGGUGUAGCUUCUGUCUAAUAAGUAUAUUGGAUCUCUCUUUACCUCAUUCUUAAAAUCUGAGACAUGUCUUUUCUAGAAUAAAUGAAGAUUUCAUGUAUAGUAGAACCUAAUAAAAUUAAUACAGUCUUUCCAUAGCACUAUUGAGAAACUGAAUUGACAGUCUUAUGGGAAGUCAAGUAUUUUCCAUCUCUCAUAUUCACAGGACAUUUUUGCACCAAGAACCAUGUAGUAGCAAGGUAAAUGAUAAAAAUGUACUAUGGAAUUUGGGGGGCUUGACUCCCUAGGACAUGUUAAAGAAGACUAUUAAUUUGAAAGAAACCCUUCUAAUUCAAGUGAAAAAAUUACCAAAUUAUUAUCAUCAAUAAGCAUAAAAGAAAUCUGCAAAGAAACUCCUUUGUCUUUCCUGGCUUUACCUGGGAUUAACUUUGUCCAGUUUUAAAGAAUAGUUAACUUUAUCAUUCUUCCAACAUGUUUUAGUUUUCCCAGCUGUUCAUUUUCCUCUGGGUUGUUGACAAAUGGGACAAUUUGUCUGUAACCUUAUUCACAGAAGAUAGCAGAACAAACCCUGUUUGAACUUCUGUUAAGAGGUGAAAAGCUGUAGGAACCAGUAGUGAAAGCAGGUACAUGUUUGAGGGAGCACAGUUAAUACAGGUAUUAGCUGGGAUUUCUAUAAAUGUUCAUCUGAAGAGAAACAACCAAAAUGAUGGACUCAGAUAAUCCUUCUAAAUUUGACUUAAUGUGAUUUAUUUAACCCAGUUAUUAUAACAUGUGGUUUUCUUGGAUCAAUCCUGUAUUAUUCAGCUAUCCUUCCAUUUAUUAAUUCCACAAAUAUUUAUUGAAGUGCCUAGCACGGUUAUGUGCUACAGAAAAGGCAAGGACGUUUACUGUGGGGGAUUGUGAACCCAGUGGGUAUGAUGAACUUGUUCGAAGCAAAAAACAAUAAUCAAACCCAACCAGCUCCAAUUCAGCUCAACUUUAAGAAUCCAGCAAGAAUAGUAAAGAUGGCCUGAAGUACAUCUGUGUGUAUCUGUACGUGUGCACACACCCAUGUAUAUAUAUUUAUCUAUCUGUACAAACACUACAUAUGUAUACACACUAUCUAUGUAAUAUAUAAUAUAUGUAUAAUGCAUAUAAAUUCUAACAAGUGUAUUUGUGUUAUCUUUAAAAUAGAACAUUGUAUCUUGAAGUGGUAAAUGCAGAGAAUUGGUUUUUAUUGUUGAUCUGUGGAUUUAAUGAUUUUUAGGUGAAAAGGAUGUUUAAGUGUACAAUUUCUUUUCUUAAUUUAAUAUAUUUAUGUAAAUGCAUGCCUGAAAAUUGGUUAGAUUGGCUGUGUUUGUGUCCUUUAACAUGAUCAAAUGUAUUAAACUUUAUCUUAAGACCUGA